AUCAUCAUUUCUAAUAUAAAAUAUAUAAAAAUAGAAGAAUCAAUAUAAAACAAAGAAACGAAUUCGUGAUCGUAUAUAUAAAGUAGGAAAAUUUAAAAGAAAAAAAAUGUCCAAGUCAAAUUUAUGUAAUACGGUUGUUGGCGAUAAAUAUCGCAUUAUACGAUCAAUCGGUGCCGGUUCAUUUGGCGAUAUAUAUCGUGCAAUUAAUCUACAGAAUGGUGAAGAUGUUGCCGUCAAAGUUGAACCGGUAUCAGCACGACAUCCACAACUUCGUUAUGAAGCACAUGUUUAUAAAUCGAUACAGAAUUGUUUCGGCUUUCCAAUGCUUAGAUAUUUCGGUAUUGAAAAAAAUUAUCAAAUUAUGAUCAUCGACCUGUUGGGUCCAUCAUUGGAAGAUCUAUUUGCAUAUUGUCGACGGCGAUUUUCAUUGAAAACCGUAUUAAUGUUAGCCGAUCAGAUGCUUAUCCGUAUUGAAUAUCUACAUUCACGUGGUUAUAUUCACCGAGAUAUUAAACCAGAUAAUUUUCUAAUGGGUAUCGGACGUUUUUCACCACGUGUUUAUCUCAUCGAUUUUGGUCUUGCGAAAAAAUAUUAUGAUGUACGUACUGGGAAACAUAUUGAAUACCGUGAGGAUAAACAUCUUACAGGAACGGCACGUUAUGCAUCAGUCAAUGCUCAUUUAGGUAUCGAACAAAGUCGCCGUGAUGAUCUUGAAUCAUUCGGUUAUGUGUUGAUCUAUUUUCUUCGUGGUUCAUUACCAUGGCAAGGUCUGAAAGCAUCAAAUAAGAAACAAAAAUACGAUCGUAUAACCGAAAGAAAAAUGUCCACACCAAUCGAAGCCCUUUGUUUGGGUUUUCCAGCCGAAUUUCAAAUGUUUCUCAACUAUUGCCGUGGUUUACGGUUUGAAGAGGAUCCAGAUUAUAUGUACUUACGGCAAUUAUUUAGAAUAUUAUUUCGUAGUCAUCAUUAUGAAUAUGAUUAUGAGUAUGAUUGGACGAUACGUAAAGAAAUUGAAAGGCGCGCUGGUAUUGAUAAUAAUUAUAAUAAUAUGGCCAAUACAAAGAUACCGCCUAAUAAACAGCAACAAAUGCAACCGGAUUCUGCACAUGUGCAUGAUGGUUUAUUUGAAAAGAAAUAGUGAUUUUUUUUUUGUAUAUUAUAUUCUAAACAAUAUCUGCAUUCAAAAACAUAUUCAAAUAUCCGUUGCAUUACAUUUUAUCAUAAUAAAGAUUGAGAGAAUUGAAGAAUUAAAAUGUGAAGUAUCAUCUU